GAGAACUGGUGUGUGUGUGUGUGUCAUUUUGUCUUUGAAUAAAACAUGCAAGUUGAAAAAGAAAGGACCAGACUCCUGCCGAUUGAUAUAGCAGGUGAGAGAGAAACUAAAAUCUUUGUGCCUCUUUCCAAGCUGAAAUGAACAUUAAAUCCAUAUUACCAUCAGUGCGUGUUGUUUUGUUUUUUUCCCUUUCCCAUCCUUCCUUUUCUUCCUUUGUGGGCUAAAUACAGAGGAAUGGGUUUCUUUGUUUUUUUAAAUUUUUCAUUUAUUCCCCCACUGCUUGCAGCCCAUCCUACGUUUGUGGCACAGCCUCGGAAUAAAGCGGAAUUAAAAAAAAAGAUUGAAAAGCAUUUCUGCCCAAGGAUGCAUCUUGAGUGCAUCCUAAUGUAUGGUUACUGGCGUGAAAAAUGCUCAGGGCCGUUCAUAGAUUUUAGGAGAACUGCGGGACCUCUUAGGACCAACUGGGAACUGCUGUGUGGUCAGAAGAGAAGAGGGGGGGGGGGGAGAUCUGUUCUGCUAGACCUUUGUGAAUCCAAAAUUUGUUUAGAGAUUAUGUUUAUGGAUUAAGCGCCUAUUUGCCAGAGGCUUGGACUUUGCCCGAGGCGGCAUCUUUGUAUUUCCCAGCCAAAGUCCAACUAAAGAAAUUGCCUUUAAAUUAGUUGCUAAAGGAGCUUGAGGAACCGUAUUCUGUGCGUGCGUGUGGAGGAAAAAAGCAACUUCUUAUAGGAGCGUCGGUGAGAUUUCUGCCACCCUGGCAACAACAUAAGAACUUCCUUGCCUGCAUGUGUGAGUCACGUGCACAAUAGAAGGAGGUGGAUUUUUUUUCCUUGAGGUAGUUAUGGCUUUAGCAGAAGCCACUGAAACCAAGCCCAACUCGCUGAACUUUUCUGCUAUCAACCUGGAGGUGUGACUGUUUCCUUUUAUAAGGAAAAAAAACCCAAACCCUACUUUCUGCAAAUGACUUUUACUCUCUUACCUGAUGGUCACCUGCUCAGGCAUUUCUGGGACGGUCUAAAAGCCCUUGGAAGGGCAGGAGGGUGCAUUAUAGAGACCCGGUGGAAAUAAGCAACAGACCAGAAUUCAUGGUGAAUCAGGCAGCAAGAAGCAAAUGCGUCAACAUAAUGGCAGAGAAACAUAAAGUGGACACUUUUUCUUCUUCCAGUUUUCCAAAAACCUGUCAGAAAUGACAUCUGACUCAUGCUAAUGGAAACACUUGACCUCAUCAAAAUGGUGGACUUAGAAUACAGCCAGCUCUGCCCCUUUAUUCCCUUAAAGGACUAUCAAGAUCCUCUUCCUUUAUCUUAAGAAAUUUUGCAAGAGAUGGAGAGCAUGAAAGAACUUUCACCGUCUAUAAAAGCGGAAAGCUCUGGAGUAUUAACUGACUUCCAGUCGCUGGGAAACGGUUCAGACGGAUCUGUCCAUACAGAUUCCUUCUCACCAGCAUCAAGCCCCUCAUCUGUGAACCUCGCUGCUCUUCCAAACAGCAAAGAUGAACCUCCCAAUGUGGCCUUAAACAUUGAAUGUAGAAUCUGUGGAGAUAAGGCAUCAGGCUAUCACUAUGGAGUCCAUGCUUGCGAAGGUUGUAAGGGCUUUUUCAGGCGAACCAUCAGGCUAAAACUUAUUUACGACCGAUGCGAUCGCAACUGCAAAAUCCAGAAAAAGAACCGUAACAAGUGCCAAUACUGUCGUUUUCAGAAGUGCCUUUCCGUUGGGAUGUCCCAUAAUGCCAUUCGAUUUGGACGGAUGCCCAGAUCAGAAAAGGCAAAGCUGAAAGCUGAAAUUCAAACAGGUGAACUCUGUAUAGAAAAUUCCGAAGUCGCAGAUCUUAAGUCACUGGCCAAGAGAAUUUAUGACGCCUAUUUGAAAAACUUUAAUAUGACCAAGCUCAAAGCAAGGCUCAUACUUGUGGGGAAAGCCAAUAACAAUCCUCCGUUUGUCAUACACGAUAUGGACACGUUGUGCAUGGCCGAGAAGACACUGGUGGCAAAACUUGUCGCUAACGGAAUACAAAACAAGGAGGCAGAGGUGAGGAUUUUCCAUUGCUGCCAGUGCACCUCCGUAGAGGCGGUGACGGAACUCACGGAAUUUGCCAAAUCAAUUCCGGGCUUCUGCAGCCUCGACUUGAACGAUCAGGUGACCCUCUUAAAAUAUGGGGUGUACGAAGCCAUCUUUGCCAUGUUGGCCUCCGUGAUGAACAAAGACGGGAUGCUUGUGGCUUACGGGAAUGGCUUCAUAACGCGAGAAUUCCUCAAAAGUUUAAGGAAGCCUUUUUGUGAUAUCAUGGAGCCAAAGUUUGACUUUGCCAUGAAAUUCAACGCGUUGGAAUUAGAUGACAGCGACAUCUCCCUUUUCGUGGCUGCUAUAAUAUGUUGUGGAGAUCGGCCAGGCUUGGUAAACAUAGGACACAUUGAGAAGAUGCAAGAAAGCAUCGUGCACGUACUGAAACUUCAUUUAGAAAACAACCAUCCGGAUGACAUCUUCCUCUUCCCCAAACUUCUCCAGAAAAUGGCAGAUCUCCGGCAGCUGGUCACGGAACACGCUCAGCUAGUUCAAAUAAUCAAAAAGACCGAAUCCGAUGCACACUUACAUCCUUUGCUACAAGAGAUAUACAAGGAUAUGUACUAAGGCGGUUUCCCAUUUUGUACAGCAGGCAAAGCAGUAGCUACACGGCCAGAUGCUUCAGGUGCCUUGGUCUCCGUCGUGCUUCAGUUGGAACAUUUGCAAUGGUCCUAGAAUUUGGGUAACUGGAAUAUCCAUUUCUCUUGCAGGGGUUCAGUAAUUGAAAGAAAUUGCAUAACAGAGAGAGAGAGAUGAUGAUAGUAAGGGGUGAUUGAUUUGAAAUUUGGGCCAUGGUGGGAAUUCCGUCAUGCCACAACUUAAUUCACAUGCCUUCUGACGUUUCUGCACUUUUAAGCAUUCGUUCCCCUCCCCCACUCCCACUCUCUUAAUACGUGAAAGUCAGUCGUUUGGGGCAGGAUCCAAAGAGCCUUGGGGCAGGCAGUGGCCAGAAGGGCUUUGCUGUUUUGUUUCUCUCUCAGUUUGUAGGAGGAAUUAUACUUGAAACUCAGGGAUGUUUCGAAAAUAAAGGUGAAGAGGAUUAGCCAUUGAAGGGAGAAAGGGCAUAUAUACAUCUUUUAGAUGCGUCUGACUUUGUUCCUGGGAUUGGUUGCAUUUGGUACUAGAUCGGUGACCGUUGAAGAGCCGUGGUGGCGCAAUGGUUAGAAUGCAGUAUUGCAGGCUAACUCUGCCGAUUGCCAGCAGUUCGGUCCUGACCGGCUCAAGGUUGACUUAGCCUUCCAUCCUUCCGAGGUCGGCAAAAUGAGGACCCAGAUUGUUGGGGGCAAUAGGCUGACUCUGUAAACUGCUUAGAGAGUGCUGUAAAGCACUACGAAGCGGUAUAUAACUCUUAAGUGCUAUUGCUACAGAAGCAAGUUUUUUCUUAGAAAAAAACAGCACUAAUUUUUCUGGCUAAGAUUACAAUCCGAGUUCCAUAGAAUUAUGUGGCACCUCUAUAAGUUUAGCUGUGUAGUAUGGAGGACUUCAGGCGGAACAUCAGAGGAAUGAUGGGAUAGGAUAAUGAUGAUUUCCACCCCCCUCCCACAGCCUUCCAUCCCUUCAAAAUGUACCUCUUGAGGGUUGGAGAGAGGGCACGGACUAAGGAGAGCAGCCAAGAUUGAAGAGAAGUUGGAUUCCAUCAUGGUGCCAGAUCUCAAAGACUUCGGGAAUCUCAGUGGAAUAUGAGCUUCUUGUGCUUCCUUUACUACGAUAUGAACCAAGCUCCAUGACUGAUAAUCGUUGACUAACAUCCCCUUAGUUAUGGAGACUAAGGUGGCCUCAUAGGUUGGCUUCAGCCUUGAAUGUCUAAAAUAAGAAGGUCAGACUGGAAUUUGAAUGGAUUAUAAUCCUGCAUUUAAGGAUGGAGAAUACCCAAUAUUUCACGGAAACAGUGUCAAAUACCAUCGGCAUAUAAUUUGCACUGAAAUGUAAAACAGAAAUUGGGAGUUACUUAACACUACAGAUUAUUUCCUAGUUUGAUGGCAGCCAAAAUACUGCAGCUCAACCCUCAAGUGGUAUCUUGAAUAGUCUACAGCAUCCCAAACUUUUAAGACUUGCAGACAUCCAAUUCAUAGAAUUCUCCAGCCAGCCACGCUGGUUGGGGAAUUCUGGGAGUUGAAGUCCAUAGAUUUUAAAGUUGUUGAGUUUAGAUACCCCCGGUCUACAGGUUUGUCUAAACCCAAUCUUCCACUGAUGGUGUCUGUGUAUUUUUAAGAGAGGGGAUGUGUUAGACUUUUAAGACAUUUAAAUCCUUCAGAUAAUCUAGUGCAUUGCAUUUAGUAACCAGGUACCUUCUAAAACCAUAUCUGAAAUUGUUUGUAUUUCUGAGGGUUGUUUAUCCACCUUUCUUUAGCCAUCUCAAACCAAAUUCUGAAGAGGGUCUUACAGUCUUUCAAUGCUGUAUAUACAACUGUAGUUUCAAUUUGUUCAGAUUAUCCUAAAAAGGCCUUGAUUUUGAAAAAGUCCCAAAUUUCCCACAGUUAAUUAUGUCCCUGGAAGCUCUGUCGUGUUAAGAUCUUCCAAUAAUAUUUUCGUCAGUUUUUCUAGACCGUACAUUUUUUAAACCCUGAUUUCUUAAAGAAAAAAAAAAAGAUAAGUAUCCAAUGUAUUCUAAUAUCAAAUUGGAAUUAUAAUUACCUGUAUAUUCUUAAUCAUUUUGUAGGUGAGGAUUUUCAUACUAUUGAAAAUAGGCCUACUUUUUGCAAAGCUCCAAACACAUUUGACAGAGUAGAAAUCGUUUUAUAAUCAAAAUGUCUUAAACAAACUGUGUGGAAAUCAUAGGCGAAAAAAGUGCUGAUUUGGGUUAUUUAGAAAGCAUCUUUCUUGCAGGAAGUGAUUUUAUUUCAUCAAUUUAUCCCCCACUUUACUUAAAAGUGGCAUUUACUGACACUGGCUUCCAACUGACCAGGUCUUUCUCUGCAGCAGCUUUUGUUUAUAAUCUUAUCAUAAUUUAAAGUGUCAUAAAGAGCUGUUUCUGAGCCCUUUCUAUUCCAUUUCCCACAUCUGAAACUGACUCAAUAAGAAUUAAAACGGGAGAAAGAAUUCAGACGGAACAGCAGCUUAUGCAAAUAUAUUUUAAUAGAAACACUGUCUAGAAAUAUGGUAUAAAAAAAAACUGUUUGCACUACUAUUCAGAUUACUCAGGAUUGGGGCAAUAAAAUAGAAAUUAACACUGGGAAGUUUUGCUUCCCCAAAAUAAAACCAAACUACCUCAACUAAUAAAAUAAAAAAAAAAAGUUAUAAAUCAAAUUGUUCAAGAAAUAUUAACGUAUCAUACUGGCCGGCUCAGGAAGGUCCGUGCCUGUCAGCCAGAAUACUUGCAUCAUGUGAAUGGUGUUUAGAGAAAGAAUAAAUGUCUUGCUAUUCCGCUUUUUAAACAUAGACUGUAUAAUAUAUAUAUAUAUUUUCCCAGAAAAGUGGAAACCUGCAUUGAUAUUAUAUGGAUGCUGCUUGCUUGACCCCUGCUAUAUUGAUGUUCUCUGUAUGGCAUAACCUUUAUUUGCUCAUUGUUCCUUGCCCCUUAAUGGGAGUUGUGCAAAGGGCAGCCACAUCAACAAGGCAUCCAGGUUGGCGCCCUUUUGGCUAGGGGGCCUCCCCGCGGAUUGGCAAUAGAGAAGAGAGAAAGGAGCGGAUAUACUUUGUAGAUGUUUGCCUUCUAGCAAAGUUUUAACCAGCCUCGCACCACGUCAAAAAGUUAUGCCUCAAAACCUCUUACGCAGUACAAUACCAAUUUCUUUCUUCAGGCCCCUUAGCAACACACACAUUUUAAGUAAAUUCCAUUGAAAUCAGGUCAAGAUUCCCCCUCGUGUCCGAAACAUUUCUUGAAACGGACUCUGUUUUGAUGAACUUUUGUUGAAAAUGCUAUUUUUAGCUGAAACCUGACAGGUUCAUAAAUUAAGAAGGGAAUUUAUGCCGGUUAUUUUUCUGCAUUGGGUUGAAUUCCUUCAUAUCAGAAAGGAAAUUUUGGCCACCCCAAAUGGAGGCCAAACUGGAGUCCUCCAAAUAGUCCUUCAAAAGUUUGCUUGCAUUUUCAAGUUGCAUAACCCAACUCUUUGUUUUCAUGGCUUAGCAUUUUUCAUGGACGGUAGGGAAGAAAUUUUACACUCAUGUGGACCCAUAUACCCUACGAAUUUUCCACCUCUUUUGAGAUAGUUGGGAAGUCAUGUUGACUGCUCGAUUCAACACGCUAGAAGCUUUCAUCCAAUUCGUAGGAAAGGGCCAUGAACAAACUUACCGAAUGUUAAUAUCACCGAUUUUAAAAUAACAGUAGGAGGUUCAUCGUAUAAUACAGACUCCAAGGAGUCGAGUGUUAGUGAAUGAGUGGGAAAUUCAUUACGAGCUGGUGGAAAGUGUUAUAUAGCCUAAUACCCAGUGUCAUCAGCCUGCUAAGAAUAGUAUAAGGUAAAUGUUUACAGUUACUAUGCAUUUGAUUUCCCCUUCCCCCCCCCUUACAUUGAGGAUUUAAUCUUGAGGCUUCGUAGGAAUCCGUCGACCUCCCAGAUGACUUUCACGAGCAACCAAUUUAAAUGUAGGGAUAAUAUGCACUGAAUUUGCACUGUAUUUGUAAUUAAAGCUUUUAGAAAUCCCUAGGCAGCAAUGUAAAAUUCCUCUGUACUGCUCUCAAAUCUAAUGAGACAGGGGACGUAUGAGAUUUCAGUAUAUUGAAAUUAAUGGGAGAGAUUUAUAGCUCCCCCUUCUUGAUGAAUUACGCCAAUUAACAAGGGUAGUUGCUUUGUCUGCCUUCCCUCUCCGUUGGGCUCCCUCUGGGUACCCAUAGCAAGAUACAAAAGCAGCAACGGUAAGAUUCGGUUCCACCAAUUUGCAAAUUAUAGACACAGUCCUCAUGUCUGCAGAGUACAGCCACGGUGGUGGAAUCAAGGCUCCCAUCUGUUUUUUUUACCAGAAGUGCCAUACACAUACCAAAAAACCCAGAUCAAGCUUUGAUUGCACUGUCAUAGCCAACAUCCUAGGGGGGUUUUGGACCAUGCCUGCAGAUUCCCUUUCCUCAUGUAAGCAGUUGUCGGUAAACAUUUUAGUUCAGGUUUUAUUUGAAGGCAUUCUAGUGAUAUAUAUUGAGAACACAAGUUGAUCAAUUAAGUACCUCCGUCUUUAAAGAUGAGUCUUUGCAAUGCAAGCUUAACGUGUUUUUCAUGCCCAUUUUAAGCAGACUUGAACUGUAGUACUGACUACCACUUUAUCCAUAACUUACUUUUUUCCUGCACUUUUGUUCCUUGGUCUGAGGCAGCAGUAAAAGAAAACCCAAUGAGGAAUUCAGUCAGCUGUAUUGUACUGUAACUAUCUGCUUUCCAGUGCCUUGUUUCUGAAUGGUUUGGAGUUAUUUAGCAUAUCUUAAAAGCUAUUCCCGAGUUGUAGAGCAAAACACUGAAAGGAAAUCAAAAACAUGGAUUUCUUCUCCAUAUUUAAAUGGUAUGAAAGCUGUACCUGUAUGAUUAUAACUCAGCUUUUAGGGAAGAAUUGUAGAUUUAGCCCAAGGAUUUAACAGUAUAUAUAUAUAUUUAAUUUUCAGCUUCUGUUAUUAAACUGUAAAGUAUUCUUAUGGUGAAUUGGAUUGUCCACAAUGUUAUGAAAAUACUUGUUGACUGUAUUUGACAAACAUUGGCCUUUGAAUUCUAUUUCUAUACUGAGGGAGGGUGGGGGGUUUGAAGCUGAAAAUGUGAUAGCAAUUUACCAAGCCAUAUCCCAAAGAUCAUUGUGGACAAACAUGGCAAAGCUUCCAUUGUGGUUUGUUUAAUGACCCAGAAGGGGAAGAGUUUUUGGCUGGUACUUCCGUUUCAUGUCUCUUUUCUCACUCGCCUUCUAAAGGGCUGGUACCCCACCUCAACAGUUUUGUGCCAUGGCACUUUUUGAGCACUUUCCUAUAAAUUCCCCCUAUUAUUGCUGUUCAGCAAGGGGGAGAAAGAGAAACAAUGCAAGUUUCAAGGUCUCUUAAUAUGCACAAAGUCACCUCUUGCCCAUCAUCUUGGAAAAUGUGUUGGAGGGCAGUUGCUAAGUCCACUUAAAGAGUUCUUGUCAUCUCCACCUAAAAUGUCGCGUGUCCCUCGGUGUUGCUUGCAGAAUAGGCCCAGCUAUUGGUUAUGUUUGAUAUAUUCAAGGGAAUCAGAGCAGCCGCGCUAGAUGCCAUUUUUAGUCCUGAAUUGUAUAAAGCAGGAGUGUCCAACCUUGGGCCACUUUUAAGACCUGUGGACAGCGGUGAAAUGCUACCAGUUUGCACCGGUUCGGGAGAACCGAUAGUGAUAAAAACUACCGGUUUGGGCAAACCGGUAGUAAAAAAAACCCUACCGAUUCCUCUGAACUGGUAUUUCCAACGAUCAGGUGUGCCGCGCGAUUUAAAAUUGGUAGAAAGCAGGAAAUCCUACUUUCUAGUGAAUUUAAAUCACGCGGCACAGCUGUCCCCCACCCUCGCUGUUCUACUUACCUUCCCAAGCCUCCUUUUUCCACGCAAAGCGCACGUUUGUUGCGCACUGCACAUGAACGGGCAGCGAACCGGUGGCAAAUCGGGGAAGAUUUCACCACUGCCAGCGGACUUCAAUUCCAAGAAUUCCCCAGCCGGCCAAAUAUUAAAGUUGUCAAGCUUGGGCAUAUCUUGGUAUAAAAGGUAGUUCCGUACAGCAUCCGGUAUGAUGGGAGAACUGUCUAGGGAGGCAGCUACCUUAAGACAGUGGUUCCCUCUAAGUGGAUUGCAAUCCAGAGGAGCCUAAUUGAAAUCUCAGGAAGGAACUGGAAGCCAAUGUUGCUUUCCAUUCAUUUGCAAGGAGGAGUGGAUGGUACCAAAAGUAGUGUCAAAUGUUGCCUUCAAGUGCCUCCUUUUCUUCAAGAAGUUUGAAGAUCACUUGGAAAGAUGGCAUAUUGAAAAGAAGGAAUAAUCAUUUGCCAUCUCUGCUGCACAGAGAUUAUAGGGCUAAAACUAGAAAACAUCUUCCUCCAUAAUAAAGGGAGGAAGAAAUGGAGGUUUUAUGAAAGUGGAAAUUUGGCCUCUAAAGCACUUAAGUAACAAUCACUAAACCAGCUUUAGCUGUCCUUAAAAGCAGCUACAGGACAUCAGCUAACUCUUUUUCUAUUGCACGGAGUUUGUGGGGAUUUAAAAUCGGGGUUGAUGAUGUUAAUCCAGUUGGGUAGGGUCCUCAAACUUGGCAGCUUUAAGACUUGUGGACUUCAACUCCCAGAAUUCUCCAGCCAGCGUAGGUAUGCUGGCUGGAGAAUUCUGGGAGUUGAAGUCCACAAGUCUUAAAAGCUGCCAAGUUUGAAGACCUCUGCACUAGGCAGAUAGACUUGGGAGAAAUAUAAAGAAUUAUUUUCAGCAUAGUAAAAGUUGAGGGAUAAGACAAGAAAAAGAAAAAAAAAGCUUGAUUCUGAAAAAAGCUUUUCUAGAUUGCCUUUGAAGGUGAUUUGCUGGUUCAAAAUUUGUGCGUAGCACAUGUUUAUCAAUAUUGUCCUUAAUAAGGAAGACGCUCGAUACCGAUGAAAAACAUUUCACUUGCUUUUUUAAAAAAAAGAUUUUAGCUUAAAAUGCAUUUAGAUGUUCUAUCAUCCAUAAUGAGAAGCCUGUCACUUUUUACGCAAAAUUCUGGAGUGCUUAAAAGUUUUAAGUCAUUCUGAUUCUGGAUUCUCAUAUAUUUAAAGAGGACUCAGAUUUUGUCACCUGCUUCACCAGAUGAAGGUAAUAACUCUGGGCAGAAAUUCAGAUCAACGAACGGUACCCAUGAUGUCUCCCAUUCAGGAGGCAACGGUGAGUUAUUCUAGCCAAAACUGGGAUUUAUAGUAAAGCAACAUUGGAUUUUUCUCAUGCCUUUUACAAUACAAAACUACCGUUUAUAGUGUUUCUCAAACCUUGAAUCGGACCUUCUAAUUUCCCUAUUCAAAGAAUAGAAGCUUGACUAAUAAAAUAGGUAUUUAAUGAGUCUGCUGGGAAUCUCUUGGUCAACAUCUGUGUGUACAGUACUUUAAAUUUUUUUUCUGUAAGACUGAUGAAUGUAUGUAAAGAGCAAUUUCACUGUGUGAUUUUCCCCCCCCCUUGCCUUAAUGGCCUCAAAUAAAGUAUUUCUUUAAAAAAAAAA